UCUGACUCUUCUGGGAUGAUUGUCAGCUCUCUGACGCACAAUAUCACUUACGUGGUGUUUUACCUGCAUGAGCCCACUGUGGCCGCCAUCUUCAUCAUCUCCUACUUGCUCAUUUUCCUGGUGUGCAUGGUUGGCAACGGGGUCGUCUGUUUCAUUGUGCUACGGAGCAAGAACAUGCGCACCGUCACCAACGUGUUCAUACUGAACCUGGCCAUCAGCGAUCUUCUCGUGGGAAUAUUCUGCAUGCCUACAACUCUUGUGGAUAAUAUAAUUACAGGAUGGCCAUUCGGAAGUUUGGUGUGCAAAAUGAGCGGGAUGGUCCAAGGAAUCUCAGUCUCCGCAUCUGUCUUCACUCUGGUUGCAAUCGCUGUUGACAGGUUUCGAUGCAUCGUUUACCCUUUCAAGCAAAAGCUGACAUUAUCGACAUCUACGCUGAUCAUUGUCAUCAUCUGGGUCCUGGCCAUUUCGAUCAUGUGUCCGUCUGGCGUCAUGCUGCAAGUCACCAAGGAGCAGAAUGUGCGGAUACUCCUUGGUGAGGGCAAUGAAACAAACCCUUUCUACUGGUGCCGGGAAAACUGGCCAAACCAAGAGAUGCGAAAGAUCUACACUACUGUCCUGUUUGCCAACAUCUACCUUGCCCCUCUCACCCUGAUCGUGAUCAUGUACGCCCGGAUCGGCAUCACCCUGUUCAAAACAGCGAUGCCCACAGGGGAGAAGCGCAGUCAGGAGACUCGCCAGACUGUGUCCAAGAAGAAAAAACGGGUCAUAAAGAUGCUGCUCAUUGUUGCAUUGCUUUUCAUCGUCUCCUGGUUGCCGCUGUGGACCCUGAUGAUGCUCAGUGACUAUGCCAGCCUCACUGAGCACCAGUACAGAGUCAUUAACAUUUACAUCUACCCUUUUGCCCACUGGCUGGCCUUCUUCAACAGCAGCGUCAAUCCCAUCAUCUAUGGCUUCUUCAACGAGAACUUCCGCAGAGGCUUCCAGGCAGCCUUUAAGUUCCAGCUGUGCUCGGCGGACGCGCAGCGCAGAAAGACGUACUCGCACAGGGUCCAGGGGAACGCUGUUCUUCCCGCCAACCUGCAGCACUCCAAAGGGCCAUCGCCCCUAAACAUUAACAGCCUGGAGAACAACCAGUCCACACGGAACAGCAACUUGAAUGAGCAAGACUUAAUAAUGGAGGACCUUGAAAAGGUUGUUUACGACCUGUGA